AUGAAGGCGGAAAACGCCACCCACGUCACAGAGUUCUUCCUCCUGGGGUUCCCGACCGGCCCCCGGCUGCAGCUGCUGCUCUUCGCCGUCUUCCUCGGGGCCUACCUGUUGGUGCUGGUGGAGAACCUCCUCAUCAUCUUGGCCGUCUGGGCCAGCGUCUCCCUCCACAAGCCCAUGUACUACUUCCUGGCCAGCCUGUCCUUCCUGGAGACCUGGUACGUGACCAACAUUGUCCCCGAGAUGCUGGACAACUUCCUCCUCCGGUGGCAGCGGCAGGCGCAGCAGCAGCGCAUCUCCUUCGUGGGCUGCAUGGUGCAGCUCUACAUCUUCAGCUCCCUGGCCUGCAGCGAGUGCGUCCUCCUGGCGGCCAUGGCCUACGACCGCCACGUGGCCAUCCGCCACCCCCUCCGCUACCCCGUCCUCAUGAGCCCCCGGGCGUGCGGCCGCCUCGUGGUCUUCUCUUUCACCAGCGGCUUCGCCGUCUCCGCGGUCAAGGUCUACUUCAUCGCGAACGCCACCUUCUGCGGCUCCAACGUCCUGAACCACUUCUUCUGCGACAUCUCGCCCAUCCUCAAACUAGCCUGCACCGACUUCUCCACCGCCGAGCGGGUGGACUUCGUGCUGGCGUUGGCCGUCCUGGUCUUGCCGCUGGCGGCCACGGUGCUGUCCUACGGCUCCAUCGCCUCAGCGGUGGUGCGCAUCCCCUCCGCCUCCGGCCGUCGCAAGUCCUUCUCCACCUGCGCCUCCCACCUCUCCGUCGUCACCGUGUUCUAUACGGCGAUCAUCUUCAUGUACGUCCGGCCCCGGGCCAUCGACUCCCGGGACUCGAACAAGCUGGUCUCUGCCGUCUACACCAUCCUGACCCCCGUGGUGAACCCUUUGAUCUACUGCCUGAGGAACAAGGAGUUCAAGAGGGCUGUGAAGAACUCUCUGGGCAGGGGGCGAAGGUCCCACUAG